GAGGGAGAGAGAGAGAGAGAGAGAGAGAGAGAGAGAGAGAGAAGGAGGAGAGGAUGGAUUGCCUCCGAGUGUGGAUCUCGCUCUUGUCCCUCUUGUCACACUCGACAUGGACAGUCCACGGCCAAGCUGAAGAUUGCCGCACAUCCAUGCCAGCGGACAUCGUCUUCCUCGUGGACGAAUCAUGGACGGUUGGUCCCACAGGCUUCCACUAUGUGAAAGAAUUUAUCUCGUCCAUCAUUCGCGCCUUCAAAGACAACCCACUUGGGAACGAAGGGAUUCGAUUCGGGGUCACCGUCUACGCUGAUGGUCCAAGGAUGCGCAUCGCGUUGACGGACUACUUCACCUUGGACGAGGUGCUGCGGGCCGUGGAGGAGAUCCCCUUCGAGGGAGGGGGCUGCCGCACGGGGGACGCGCUGGACUUCCUGGUGGAGAACGUAUUCGCACCCUCCAUAGCCAGGGACAACACCCCCAAGAUUGCUAUUCUCAUAACCAACGGUCGAUCCGAUAACCCCAUUGAGAUGCCAGUGAAGGCGGUGAGAGACAGUGGCAUCUCUCUCUUCGCUGUGGGUGUGAAGGACGCGGACGUGACAGAGUUGAGGCGCAUAGUGACGGAGCCCCACGAAGAACACCUGCUGAUGAGCCCCGACUUCACCUACCUGGACCACGUACUGCUGAAACUCUCACGCAGGGUCUGCUUCACCGCUUCAGAACCACCCAGACCUGUUACUAGCAGAGAAGUGGUGAGUGUGCCGGUGGUGGUGGGUCCUCAGCAUCUGCAGGUGAGUGACCUGGCCUACAGCUCCCUGCGUCUCACCUGGAGCCCGGCCACCGGAGACGUCACCGGCUACAGGCUGGUGGUCACACCCCUCUCCCCACACCUGGCCUCCACAACGCAGCACAAACAGCUGGAUCUGAAGGCAGAUCAGAGCAGUGUUGCGGUGACGGGCCUGAGCCCCAAGACGGAGUACUCCCUCACGGUGCACGCCAUCUAUCCCGGCCGCAUCGGAGACUCAGCCAGUAUCACCGCGGAGACCACUCCGCUGCCGCAGGUGGCUAACUUCCGCGUGAUAGAGGAGGGCCUCUUCACCUUACGCGUGGCCUGGGCCCCCACCCUGGCCAAAAUCAACUCCUACAAGAUCUUCAUCCCUCGACCGGACCGUCCCGGCGUGGCGUAUGAGCAGUCAGUGCGAGGGGACGUGUCGUCUCACAUGAUUGACAGCCUGGAGGAGGACAAGAAGUACACCAUCAGCAUCCACGCCCUCUACCCCGAGGGCCAGGGCGAACCCGUGUCCGUGGUCGGCAGGACCGUGAAACUAGUUCCAGUGCAGCAGCUGAAGGCUGAGAAUGCCACCACGGACACUCUGCAGGCAAGAUGGCUGCCAGUCAGGGGCGCUACAGGAUAUCGCAUCACCUGGGGAUCAACAGCUGUGGAUGGCCAUGUAGAGAAUGUCAAUCUCGCGGGCUCCUUCAACUUCUACAUGAUCCAAGGACUGACCCAGGGCACUGAGUACAUCGUCACCAUCAACCCCAUCUUUGGGGACAUCGAGGGACCUGUCACCUCCACUACGGCCAAGACAUUGGAGAAUAGUGCGGUGCAGUCUCUGAGAGCUCUGGCCGUCAGCACCAGUAGUGCCCUCACCUCCUGGAGCGCCGUACCUGGAGCCACGGGCUAUAGGCUAGCCUGGGGACCCACGCCAGAGUUUGUGGGUCGUGACCGUCCCCGGCAGCUGGCUCUGAACGGCAGCAGCACGGAGCACCUCCUGAAGAACCUGGUGUACGACACAGAGUACGUGCUCUCCCUCUACGUGCUCUUCGGAUCCAUAGUGGGGCCCGGCAUCACCGCCACCUUCCGCACAUCUCCCCUCGGCUAUGUGUCCAACUUCAAGGUCAUGUCCUACACGGGCACUUCCAUGGACGUGGAAUGGAGCGCCAUAGUCGGGGCCACCGAGUACAAACUCACCUGGAUCACAGAUGGUGUUCCUGCCCAGAGCCGCUACAUGGACCACACUGAGUUAACGCACCGCAUCACUGGACUCGCCCCACAGACCGUCUACCGCCUCAGCAUCGCUGCCAUCUACGGCAACACGGAAGGGCCAGAAAUCUCACUGACACAGCACACAGCUUCCCCCACAGACAAGGAGCCCAUUCCGGCCAUUAGAGAGGUGAAGGUGGUGGACAUCGGCAUCAAGACAUUCAAGCUGGCCUGGAAGAAGACCCCAAGGGUGUCAGGAUACAAGGUGUCCUGGAGCGCAUUCCAUGGUGGGGAGGAGAAGAGCCAGCUGGUGGCCGCCUCCUCCACCUCUCUGACCAUCACGGGGCUGCAGGAGAGUACGCCCUACAAGCUGCAGGUCACGCCCAUGCUGGGGGACCGCGAGGGCAGCCCCUUCACGCUCACCUCACGCACAUUGGACAUGCCUAAAGUGGAUAACUUUGUCACGUGGAACGUGACGGACAACAGCACGGCCUUGAACUGGACGAGGGUGGACGGAGCGUCUGGGUACCUCCUCUCCUACAGACACAUCUCACAGGUGGAGAGCACAACGGAGACUCUGACUGCUGCCGUUUCGUCGUUUAAAAUCAAGGACCUGCUGUAUGGCCGCACCUAUGUCUUCUCCAUACGGCCCCUUUACGGGGAAGUGGAGGGCCCAGUCACCACCAUUCACCAGAGAAUAGUUGGGAAACCUCGGCUGGUCCCUCUCCACACCCUGACUGCCACCUCGGCCCCAUCCUCUGCAAAGGCCAUCACAGCCUCCAGGACCACCAAGGCCCGUAGCGCCCCCACCCCCGCUCGCACCACGGCCAGGAACACACGCACCCCGGACAGCAGGGCAUACUCCACCGCCCCCCAACAUCCACACCACAUAGACACAACACCUCCCCCUGGGACAGGAUGUGGUAAGGUGAAAGCUGACGUUGUCUUCCUGGUGGACGAGUCCUGGAGCAUCGGGGCCAACAACUUUGACAAGCUGAAAGAUUUCCUCUACCGGGUCGUCACGUAUUUCCCAUCCCUUGGGCCGCAGGGCACACAGAUUGCAGUGGUGCACUACAGUGAUAACCCGAGGAUAGAGUUCAAUCUGAAUGACAACAGGGAUCGCAGCUCAGUGCUCAGGGCUCUCAGAGCUGUUCGCUACGGAGGAGGCAACACAAAGACAGGCCGUGGCAUCACGUACGUGCUGAGGGAGAUGUUCCAUGAGCGGGUGGGCAUGAGGCAGGAGGUGCCCCACGUCCUGGUGGUCAUAACGGACGGCAGGGCCCAGGACAACGUCAUACCCCCCUCCAGGAUCGCACGCGCUCUCGGUGUGAGUGUGUUGGCCAUCGGAGUGGAGCGUGCGGACAUUGAGGAGCUUCAGAACAUGGCCAAACCCUCUAACUACAGGAACGUCUUCUUCGCCCGCUCCUUUGACGACUUCCCCAGCGUGGAGAGGGAGUUUGUUGCCAGUCUCUGCAGUGACGCACUCAUGUCCGAGUUCAGGCAGCAGGAUGACCAUGAGUCUGCACAAUUGGACAUACCAAAAGAUCCAGAGGCCAUACACAAACCUGAAGGGCCGUGUCCGUCCAGCUGUAUGAAGGGUCAAAAGGGUGAAAAGGGUGAUGGCUCUGGAGACGGAGGACUGAGAUUGAAGCAGGUUCCUGGGGAAUACGAUCCCUUCAACUUGAAUUCCAAAGGGGAGAAGGGAGAGAGGGGUCCUCCUGGAACAGAUGGUGUUCCUGGGUUGCCAGGCCGACCUGGAAGGACCGGGCCCCCUGGUUCGGCAGGACUCAGGGGUACAAGCGGAAUCCCCGGAGACACUGGACCUCAAGGUAUCCCUGGUCCGAAGGGCCAGAGAGGAGAAAGGGGAGAGCCAGGGUAUGUGGUGGGGAGCAUGGAGUCAGUACCAGGUCGCAAGGGAGAACCCGGAUCCUCUGGCCCCCAGGGACCCCCAGGUGUUUCGGGGGUGUCGGGGCCCCCAGGUCUGCCCGGCCAUCCAGGUGCCCCUGGAGCUCCAGGAGUUUCUGUCAAAGGGGAAGAAGGAUUGCCAGGCCCAAAGGGUCUGCGAGGGAAGGCUGGACCUAAAGGAGACCAAGGGGAAACUGGAGCUGAUGGCAAACCUGGCCUGCCUGGUCACAUUGGGGUCGACGGACGGCCUGGCUUUCCUGGACAGAAGGGUGAAAAGGGAGAUGAAGGCAUUGGCAUCCAGGGUGUGCAGGGACCGAAGGGCUCGCAGGGGGAAAGGGGAGAACUUGGUCCAUCUGGUCCAUUGGGUGCAAAGGGUGAGCAAGGAAUUCAGGGGGUCCAGGGAGUCGUUGGCCCAAGGGGAGACAGAGGGGAAACGGGGCCUGCUGGUCCUCAAGGAAUUCAGGGUUUCCAAGGAUUUGAUGGACCUAAAGGUGAUUUGGGACUACAGGGACCUCCUGGUGAUCCAGCCAAAGGGAUUCUUGGGCCUACGGGGAAAAAAGGUGCUCGGGGGGACACGGGACCAGUGGGGCCUGUUGGACCUCAAGGCAUAAAGGGAGAGCAAGGGGACAAGGGAGUGAAGGGUGGUCCUGGCUUUGGCAUUCCUGGGCAGCCAGGCCCCAAGGGAGACACUGGAGAGAGGGGAAAUGUUGGACUCUCUGGGAAGCCUGGAGCCAAAGGCAAUGACGGCUCCAAGGGGGAGAAAGGAACCGUUGGUUUCCCUGGCAACCCCGGCGCCCCUGGACUAAGAGGUAAAGAUGGUGACGCAGGAUUCAAAGGGGAUGUUGGACUUAAGGGUGACCCAGGGGCACCAGGGGGGCCGGGAGACAGGGGCGUGAGGGGCCCACUAGGCCUGCCAGGACGACCAGGUGAUUCAGGGGAGAAGGGCGAGCAAGGAAAGAUCGGCUUGCCGGGCCCAGAGGGACCCAAGGGAGACCGUGGAGAGCCGGGGAAACCAGGACCACCUGGAUCUGCCCAUGUGACUUCAUCGGGUGGUGACAAUGUCCUGGCCAGAGUGAUAAAGGGAGACGCAGGAGAUCCAGGCCCACCUGGCGCGAGGGGUGAUCCUGGCCCAAUGGGUCCAGAAGGGAAACCAGGCCCCCCUGGCAAAACAUCGGGUGGGGUCGGUUCUGGGAGAGAUGGAGCAGACGGCAUAGAUGGUGCACCUGGAUCCAAGGGUGAACCAGGGAAGAAAGGAGAACCUGGACUGAGAGGAGAUAAAGGUGACAGUGGUCGAGUGGGCAUUGCUGGGAUGCCUGGUCUCCCUGGGUCUCCUGGCCGACCAGGCAUAGAUGGAAAGCGAGGCCUCUCAGGGAAAGAUGGUGACAAGGGACUGAGAGGGGAUACUGGAGAGAAGGGUCAAAAGGGUGAUGCUGGUGAUGAAGGUGCAGUGGGAACUAAAGGGGACCCCGGCCCUCCUGGUCCUCCAGGUCCACCUGUCAUCAUCAAAGUCUCAGACGAGGGUGCCUCUGUGGAUGAUAUCAGGAAGGCUUUCCCUAUGCCGAUGGGCCCCCCUGGAGUCAUGGGUCCCCCGGGAAUGAAGGGCGAUCGUGGCGAACAGGGUCACAAAGGUGAAAAGGGCAGUACAGGAGAAUCUGGAAAAUCACUUGAAAUGCGGGAUAUUGAAGCUCUUUUCGAAGACUAUGGAAUUCGGCUGCCCCUGCUGAAGGCGCUGAUUGACAGGCUGCUUCAGGACGGCAUGGAGGAGCUGCUGCACGACUUCAGCAGCAGGCGGAGAGGCAAGGGGGAGAGGAAAGAGCCCAGCUCCAACAUCAUCACAGAGUACACGAGUGCUCUCAAGUAUGGCGUGUCCAGUGAAGUGCUGACUGAAUCUGAUGUGCAUGGAGAAGAAGAGAAUACAGGAGAACAGGAGCCAUCGCAGGCACCAGACACAAACGACCCUUUAUAUGAAACGGAAGGUCCGGCAUGGGUGUUGAACAGUCAUGGCGGAGACGAGGAGGGAACAUUCAGAGUGAAAGGAGAUGAGCUAACCAUCUCACAGGACCUCAGUAAAACACCAAGUGUGACGUUCACAAAGCGAAACAUUAGCUCCUCAGAGACUAGUGACCCUGAGUAUCCUGAAGGGGACUUCCACCACACGAGCAGUCCGGAGGACGCCCUGAGAAAAGGCUCAGGAGAAAGGAAGAGGGGCAGGGAACGGGGAAAGGGUAAAGGAAACAAAGGACGACAAAAACGGCAACGGAAACGAUUGGACAAACAAGAAGAAGUGACGGUAGAGGAGAUAUAUGAAGGGGAAGAAUACAGCUAUGAAUACGAGGAUGAAAUGUUUACAGAGCAACCUCCACUGCUUCCUGACAAUGCAACAAAUUUGAUGGGCUAUACCACCACCACAACAUUGCCACGGCCAGCCUACGCAAUAGGAAAUGAGGGCCUGUCAACUAGAGUCACGCCCCUGACGACACAUCAAGACAGACAGACAGAUUUGAAUGAGGUAAAUCUCACCCCAUCGCCUGCUCCAUCGAUCAACACCACAACUGCCUCACAACAGGAGGAAGAGGAGGAGGAGGAGGAGCUGAAGGAGGCGGAGGGACCCUUGGCAACACCGAAGACCAGAGUGAAGAGGAGCUUCACCUCGCCAGACUACAUGGCAUAUAUGCCAGGAGCACCAGGAGGCCUCAAUCGCUACAAGAACACAGAAAAUUCAUAUUCAGGAGCAAGGGGGAGACGCCUGUCUAACAACGAGCAACUGCAACGUCAAGACUCAACUGCUGACCCCCGCACCGUGCAGGAGAGUCAAUUGAACAACAGAGAGGAAAAGGAAGAGGGAGAAUGGGAGGAGGAGGAGGAGGAGGAAGAGUAUGAAUACGAGUAUGAGGAAGAGGAAGAGGGAGGAGAAACAGACCCUCCACCAACAACAGCAACAGCAGCAGAUGUAGUUAAAGAUAGAGUGGUGGAGUCAGACGGAGAGGUAGUAGUCAGCAACAGCAGAGGAGAGGGAGGAGAAGAGGAGGUGGAGGAGUGGGAAGAGUACGAUGCAGUGGCAGAGCCAGAUGCUGAGUAUAAUUCUGGACGUGAACCAGAUGAGGUGGAUGACGACGAUGACAGAAGAAGAACAGACUAUGACGAGGAGGGUGGUGAUGAGGAGAGAAAACGUGAGAUGGAACGUCAGGAGAUGGAGAGAGAGAGGAGGGAGAGAGAGAGGGCGAGGGCGAGAGCAGAGGCUGAGAGGAGGAGAGAAGAAGAGGGAUGGGAUGAGGAUGGCGAGACGGAGGAAGAGAGACGAGAGAGGGAGCGAGUGCAGGCUGAGAGGUGGAGAGAGGAGGAGGAGAUGGAGGGAGAGGUAGAUGAGAGGGCCAGACAACUAGAGUGGGAGAGGAUGGAGUGGGAGAGAAAGAGACAGGAGCUGAUUGAGAGGGCGAGGAUGGGGGGAUAUGAAGGGGAUACUGAUGAGCUGUGGGAGCUGAACUUCCUCAAGGGUUCUCCUGGAGAGGAUGGCAGGCCCGGUCCAAAGGGUGUCAUUGGAGAAAAAGGACAGAAGGGGGAGCCUGGAGUUGGCCACCGUGGUCCAGAGGGUCAGGCUGGCCCACCAGGAACGAAGGGUGAGCCAGGCGAGUCAGGUCCCCCCGGAGCACAGGGCAUUCAGGGUAUCCCUGGCAACCCUGGAAUCCCUGGUUCCCAUGGGCUCCGAGGGCCAUCGGGACUCCAUGGAGAACCAGGCAGUCCGGGGAGCAAAGGGAAGAGGGGGAAGAAUGGAACUCCCGGCUCGCCAGGAAAACCUGGUACCACAGGCAAACCGGGUGCUACGGGGGAACCAGGGAAAAAAGGUGACAAGGGUGACAGUAUACCAGGAGAACCAGGAGAGAGGGGUUUGGUAGGACUCCCUGGUCGACGGGGUGCCCAUGGAGCAUCAGGAACAAGAGGUCCACCUGGACCUAUGGGUCCCAAAGGCACCUCCGGAACUAAGGGAGAAAAGGGUGACAGAGGGCUUGCAGGGGUGAGGGGAGAGAGGGGCAGUCCUUUCACGGCUCACGGGCCUCGUGGAAUCAAAGGCCUCAAAGGGGAUGCGGGUGACAGAGGAGCACCAGGGUUCGAUGGCGAUAAAGGAGAGAAGGGAGAGGACGGCCCACCAGGAGGGAAGGGUCUGAAGGGGGAGACUGGGAAUAAGGGAGCUGUGGGGCCGUUUGGAAAAAGAGGACUAGUUGGUCAGAAGGGGGAACCAGGUGAACCAGGGCUGAAUGGGGAAGCGGGUCGUAACGGAGAGGAUGGAUUGGAUGGCCAGAAAGGAGACAAAGGGGAUAUGGGCCAACAAGGACUGAAAGGAGGCCAGGGUGAAACGGGACAGCCUGGAGAGCCAGGCAUUACAGGGGAGAAGGGAGUGAAGGGCAUGAUGGGCAUGCCUGGACGAAUGGGCACCCCGGGAAGGGGCGGCGAACCGGGUGAUGCAGGGCUGCCAGGCACUCCAGGCAUUCCAGGACGUAAUGGCCUCACUGGUAGAAAAGGGGAGAAGGGAGUUGAUGGCAUCAACGGAACUGAUGGUUUGCCAGGCGAAAAAGGGGAGAAGGGGGCUAAUGGAUUUUCGGGUUUCCCGGGCUUCAAGGGUUCUGCUGGAGCCCCUGGGCCUGUUGGAGUUCGGGGUCAACCAGGGCCGCUUGGGCCUAAGGGAGACACAGGACCUAAGGGAGAUAAGGGCCGAAGGGGAAGAGGGAAGCCAUGUGUGAGAGGGCCUCCAGGAACUCCUGGCCUGCAUGGACAACAUGGGGAACCCGGAGCAGAAGGAUCAAAAGGAGAGAAAGGGGAGCUUGGACUCACUGUGGAGGAGGUCAAGGAGAUUGUGACCAAGGAGGUGGUCAAAACCUGUGGAAAGGACAUCUUGGUAGUGGUGAACUCUAAGGACCCCGAUGCAGAGGGGGGUGUGACAGUGCCGGGGACAGUCUUCUCCACGGUGAUCCGCAACCGCCCCAUGGAGGAUGACUAUGAAGAGGAGGAGGAAGAUGAGGAGGAGGAGGAGGAGGUUGCAGCAGAGAUGGAAGAGGAGAUAGAGGCAGCUGAUCUAAACAAUAGCACAGUACAUAAUGAGACGACUACCGUCAGUCCGUCCACCCUGUAUACAGAGACUUCGACAACCCCACUCAACCUCACUGCAGGUGUCCAUGGGUGGAAGAGGAAGAGGAGGAGACAGAGCAGACGUGCUCGCAUACUUACAUCUGUCCCGUGGUCAGGCGCGUGCCUGGAGCCCAUGUCAGAGGGCCACUGUAGCGAGUACAUCCUACUGUGGUACUACCACCUGCGCUCCGGAGGGUGCCGGCCCUUCGUCUACGGUGGCUGCGGGGGGACAAGAAACCGUUUCGCCUCCAGACGGGAAUGCGAGAUGCUUUGUAUUCAGGGUCAAAAAGAUCCUGAAUACAGGUGAAAAUAAUCAGUCAGUUAGACAUCACCGUCUUUGUAAAUAAAUGUAUAAUCAUGUUGCUUUGUCUCUGUGCCAUAUUGCUCAACUUGACUGAUAUGUAAGAAUCUACUGUUAUGGGAAUGUCUUAUUUUUGC